CGUCUGCCUGUCUCUGCUCCCCUCCGAGCCGCCAUGUUGUCGGAGUGAAAGCCUGGAAGUCUGGAGAGAGAACUGGGGCUGAAAUCUGCGACCAUCCGCCCUCUCCGCCUGCCGUGGUGGAAUGAGCAGCGUGUGUGUGCUGAAGGGUAAAGCAGUGCUCUGGCAGGACUCGUUCAGCCCCCACCUCAGAACUUCAACUCCCAGCAUGCCCGUGGUGCUGAGCAGCGGAGGACACGCCCCUCCGGCCGGACAGACCCCACAUGCCCCGCCCCCUUGCCAGCAGGGCGUGGCAGGUGCGGGGCGGUCUCAGGAUGAUGCCAUGGUAGACUACUUCUUCCAGCGGCAGCACGGAGAACAGCCUGGCAAACACCGCUGGCCCCCUGGGGAUAACAUCCACGACAGCCAGGUGCGGUCGAUGGAUGCGCUGAACCAUGACUUCCAGGCUCUGGCUUUAGAAGGGCGUGCCAUGGGAGAGCAGCUUCUGACAGGUAAGAAGUUUUGGGAGAGUGAUGAAGCUGGAAAAGAUGGACCAAAAGGGAUCUUCCUGGACCAGUGGCGGGACAGCGCAUGGGGGGCCACAGACCACUCGGUGUCUCAGCCAAUCAUGGUGUCUCGUCGGCCGGGUGGGGGGUUCCAUGGUGGCGGCGAGGUGGGCGGGUCAGUGAUGUCACCGCGGUCAGAGAGCGGGGGGUUAGGGGUCAGUAUGGUAGAAUACGUCCUCUCCUCCUCUCCCGCCGAGAAACUGGACUCCUGCCUCCGCAAGGGACCCUACGGUCCGAGGGAUGGAGAGGUGGAGGAGGAGAAGCGGGAGAAAGCAAAGGCUCCAUUUGAAGGAGAGAAACUCAAGGAGAUGGCGGAGGGAGAGGUUGAUGUCAUCAGUGAUGUCAUCAACCCCAACGGGCUUCCUGUGCAGAACGGCCUGGAUGUGGAAGUCAAAGAGUACAGUCGUCAAGGCCAGAUACAGCCCGUGGGGCCGGACACUGACAUGAUAGGGGGUGUAGGAGGGGAGGGUAUGGGCUCCAUGGGAGGCGGGGGUCCCAAACCCCAAGAGGACUUCUCUGGGGUGGAACAGGGCGUUACCAUGGAUAACAUGCAGUCUGUGAUGGAGCCUCUGCAGUUUGACUACAACUCCCAGAUGGCCAUGGACUCGCAGCCUACCGUGGGCCUGUUCGACUACAGCAACCAACAACAGUUGUUCCAGAGACCCAGUGCUCUAGCAGCCCAACAGCAGCAAUAUGCCUUGGCAGCAGCACAGCAAUCUCACAUUGGUUUGGCUCAAGCGUUUGUUCCCAACCCUUACAUCAUCAGUACCGGUCCGCCUGGAACGGACCCCUACGCUGCUGGACUGGCAGCUGCUGCAACUCUGGGCCCAGCAGUGAUGCCUCCCCAGUACUACGGGGUCACUCCCUGGGGAGUGUAUCCAGCCAAUCUGUUCCAGCAACAGGCUACAGCUGCCAACAACUCAGCCAAUCAACAGGCUCAAGGACAGAACCAGCAGAACCAACAACAGGUGAUGCGUGGGGGCGGUAACCAGCGACCGCUGACCCCUAGCCAAGGUCAACAGGGUCAGCAGAACGACCAGCUGAUCUCCGCCGCAGCAGUCAACUCAGCGCUCGCCUUCGGACAGGGGCUGGCUGCCGGCGUGCCUGGCUAUCCCAUGCUGGCUCCAGCUGCUUACUAUGACCAGACAGGGGCGCUAGUGGUCAACACAGGAUCUAGGGGCGGACCCGUACGCCUCAUGGCACCCGCGGGGUCUGUUAUUAUCUCUCCAUCCGCUGCACAAGCAGUGGCGGCUGCAGCAGCUGCGGGUGGUGGGGCUAACGGCGGUAUGGGAGGCGGGGCCAAUGGUCCGUUCCGAGCCAUGCAAUCCCAGCAGCCUCAGCAGCAGGGGGGAGGGGCUAUGUCAGGAAACUCUUUUUAUGGAUCCUCCUCUCUUAGCAACUCCUCUCAGAGCUCCUCCCUCUUCUCUCAAGGUAGCCAAUCAAUGUACUGCUCCGCCCAGCCGGGCCCUGGCUCCGCCUCUCUGGGUUUUGGUCAGAGCAGCUCUUCACUCGGUGCAACACUGGGAGCUACGUUGGGCGGCUUUGGUACUGCAGUGGCUAACUCCAGCGGUGGCAGCAGUUCUCGUCGUGACUCUCUGACCGGCAGUAGUGACCUGUACAAACGCACGCAGUCCAGCCUCACUCCCAUUGGCCACGGGGGGUUCUACAACGGAACCCUGGGCUUUAGCUCCUCCCCCGGGCCGGUCGGAAUGCCCCUGCCCAACCAAGGCCCCUCCCACUCCCUAACUCCACCCCCCUCUCUGUCCAAUCACAGCUCCUCAUCCAACCUCAACCUGGGAGGUCUGACCAAUGGCAGCGGUCGUUUCAUCUCUGCUGCUCCAGGGGCGGAGGCGAAGUAUCGCAGCGCGAGUUCUGGCUCCUCCCUCUUCUCUCCCAGCAGCCAGCUCUUCCCGUCGUCACGGCUACGCUACGGAAUGUCGGACAUGAUGCCGUCAGGGCGGAGCCGGCUCCUGGAAGACUUCCGGAACAACCGCUACCCCAACCUGCAGCUGAGAGAGAUCGCUGGGCACAUCAUGGAGUUCAGCCAGGACCAGCAUGGCAGCAGGUUUAUCCAGUUGAAGUUGGAGAGGGCCAGCUCAGCAGAGCGUCAGCUGGUCUUUAGUGAGAUCCUCCAGGCUGCCUACCAACUCAUGGUCGACGUCUUCGGAAACUAUGUCAUCCAGAAGUUCUUUGAGUUUGGCAGUGUGGACCAGAAGCUGGCUGUAGCCGAGAGGAUCCGGGGUCAUGUCCUGUCUCUGGCCCUACAGAUGUACGGCUGUAGAGUCAUACAGAAGGCACUGGAGUUCAUCCCCUCAGACCAACAAGUUAUAAGUGAGAUGGUACGGGAGCUGGACGGCCAUGUGUUGAAGUGUGUGAAGGAUCAGAACGGGAACCACGUGGUGCAGAAGUGUAUCGAGUGUGUUCAACCCCACGCACUACACUUCAUCAUAGACGCCUUCAAGGGACAGGUGUUUGCCCUCUCCACCCACCCCUACGGUUGUAGAGUGAUCCAGCGUAUUCUAGAACACUGCCUUCCAGACCAGACCCUGUCCAUUCUGGAGGAGCUGCACCAACACACAGAACAACUGGUGCAGGACCAGUAUGGUAACUAUGUGAUCCAGCAUGUGUUGGAACACGGCAGAGCGGAGGAUAAGAGCAAGAUAGUAGCUGAGAUCAGAGGAAACGUACUGGGGCUCAGCCAACACAAGUUCGCCAGUAACGUGGUGGAGAAGUGUGUGAGCCAUGCGUCGCGUGCGGAGCGGGCCGUGUUGAUAGACGAGGUGUGUAUCCUGACGGAGGGUCCCCACAGCGCCUUGUACACCAUGAUGAAGGACCAGUACGCCAACUAUGUGGUGCAGAAAAUGAUUGACGUGGCCGAACCCACACAGAGAAAGAUCGUCAUGCACAAGAUCCGGCCCCACAUCUCCACUCUGAGGAAAUAUACGUAUGGCAAACACAUCCUGGCAAAGCUGGAGAAAUACUACAUGAAGAAUGGAGUGGACUUGGGUCCUCUCUGUGGCCCUCCCAACGGCAUCAUGUAAACUACUACCCUUCCAACCCCUUGUUCACUACACCUUAACCCUUAGGGACAAGACAGAGCAACAGGAACGUCGGCCGUGCUCAGUAGAUCACCGGCUGAGUGUGGAGGAACGGUGGGUGAUUCAACAUGUAGGACGGCCACCCUCUGUGCGCAGCUGAAGUUGUGUUGGAAUGUCAUGUAUUUUUAUACCAUAAGCCCUAGCCUAUAUAACCUACAUGAAAAAUGACAUCAUGUUAACUACUACCCCAUUAUAUCCCACACCCUACCACCCUAUACCCCCACCCCCUCUAUUCCCCUCUUAAUGAGAUAAUGUAAACUACUGCCCUACCCACAAUGACAUCAUGUAGAACCCUCUUUACCUACUCCAACCCUCCUCCUUUUCCCCUCCCACUCUUAUCGCCACGGUAACCCAUUGGUAGGAGCCUGUGUCUGAACAGGAAGGAAGCCUUGGUUAGUUUAGAGGGGGGUGAGAUGCGUCCCGACCCUCCGUUACUUCUCCCCCUUUUUUUCUUUUUUCUUUAUUCGUCUUUUGAAUAAACUAGAAUCAUUUCACUUUUUUUUUUUUGCUACUGCUGUGGCAUACACAGUUCUAUGUCAUAUCGCUAUUAUGGGAUGGAACAAACGUAUUUAAUUUGACUGACGUCGUCACCGAAUCAUAGUCACAAACAGACACAAGCCAUGCGCUUACCAGCAGAUCAUUUAGCAUGGGAGAUUAGUUUCCGGUCCUGCUUCCAUCUCUCUCUCUCUAUAUAUAUGUGUGUAUAUAUAUAUAUAUAUAGAGUGUAUACUUGGUGUAGACCUUUGCAUAUAUAUAUAUAAAAAACUUUGUAGUUUUUCUGGUUUUUGCUGUUGACUAUCUAUAAUGUAUCCUAGUAGUGAACACAUAUUUCUGACUGUAUAAUUGUACAUUUGUAAACCCUUGUAAUGUAAAAGUGAUUUACAACCGUUUUUGGUAUCGGACGAUAUAAAAAAAAAAAAUAUAAUUAUUCAAAAAAAUUCUUCCAAAAGCUCUUGUGCAUUUCAGUGUAUAUUCUCACAUCCUUCGUUGUGACAUGAGUUGUUGUAUAUUGUAAAUUGUAAUAUCAAAUUUUUUGUUUUGAAAAGCCCUUUCUAUACUGCGUAGUACUUGUACAAAGCCCUCAACCCCCCUCACCCUCUGGUUUUAACUUCUACUCACUGCUUCAACAGAACUCACCUCCUCCCUGACCCCCGAACUACAGUGCAAACGCUGCGUGUCCGUUUACUAAACGUCCAGUAGCCACAGUUGAAACAAAUCCACUGAAAUCAACGAGACGUGGUUCACCAACAUGUCAGUAGUGAAGCAAGUCUUUUUACACUUCAAGUCUAUUUAAAAUGCAGAGAGAGAGAGAGAGACGUGGCGUCUGACUGAAGCAUAAACAACUGAUAAAGUGACUUUGGUUUCCGCCUGUGCUGUAAGCAGUCAAAACAUUAUUAUUACAGAACACGCAAGAUGUUUGUAGUAUAGUUUGGGGGUUGUAACCGCCACCACAGGACACACUGUUUGUAGUCAUGUCUGCUUUAACUUGAAGCUUUAUUUGUUGUUUUUUUAGAUCUUUUAUAGGAAUGCUUUCCCCCUGUCUAAGGUUAGUGGAUGGGGUGAGGGGGUUUGAGUUUAAAGGUAGACUCAGUGAUAUGACAUCGUACACACCGGGGCAACUUCCGGCUUGCAGACAUCAACAACGGCCUAUUUCAAAUCUGCCAAGACUACCACUAUUGGUUCUUCUCUUGAGGCAUGACGCCCACAUUGAGAAGAGCCGUCAGUUGACAGUCUUGGGAUAUAUGAUUUGUGUUGUUACUGAUGUCUGGAAGCAGGAAGUAGCUCCACUGUGUACUACGUCAUAUCGCUGAGUCUACCUCUAACCCCUCCACUCUCUCAGGGCACAGUGAAACCAUGGGUUGUACAAAAGAGUUGAGGAGCGUGGUGUGCUUUUGUUUUUUUGACCUAUAAUAUUCCUGUAAAAGUGAUGUAUCAUAAUGUCCAUGUCCCCCGGUAAAGGCCGGGCGUCUCCUGUCUUGCCGUCCGUAACCAUGACUAUUGUGGCGGCGGUGGGCAGCAGCACGUGUACAUUUGGAGCUGCGAGCCUUGUGUAUCUGAAUAGAAGCACCACCUGUAACCAUAAUGUGUAUAACUCUAACAGAAACCUGUGUGUGCUUGUUGCCUGGGCAACUAUUUUUUUGUAUCUCCUGUUGUAGAUUGUCUCUCUAAACAAUGAUGUGUGAUUCUUUAUUUUGAAACAAAACUGAACAAAAAAACUCAAAAUUUGAA